UUUUUCUCUCUUUUCUUCUUUCUCCUUCCUCCUUUUUUUUUCAUCCGCAACAUGGAAACCACCGCACACAAGGUUCCCGCCGCUGCACCGGCCUUGCUGCAUUCUAAGCAGCCAUCCGUCACCAAGGAGGAGUUGAGCAAUAUGAAGCAUUACUCCGACGACCUCGUCACCGGGCACAUUUACGCUAAACAUCGCGACGACGACACAACCAAAAUCGACCUCCCUAACUACAUCUCAGUCAUCGAGGGCAUCAUCGCCACCGCUGAUCGAAUUACUGAAACUGUUCAUCGGGGAACUGAAGGGAGGUUGGUACAUUCAAACGACUCCUUGGCAUCCAGUGUUGUGAUUGAGCCUCCACUUUGUACUCUUCACCGUAUCUCCAGCGAGUUGUCAUGCAAGGCUCCAGGAAUUGAAAAAGCACACGAAACCACAAUAGAAAUCUUCGAAAUAUUGGCAAAUUAUCCAUGGGAGGCCAAGGCAGCUCUCACUUUGACAGCCUUUGCAGCAGACUAUGGAGACUUAUGGCAUCUCUACCAUUACUCCCAAGCUGAUCCAUUGGCCAAAUCAUUGGCAAUUAUCAAGCGAGUUGCUUCCUUGAAAAAGCACUUGGACUCACUUCGAUACCGACAAGUGCUUCUUAGCCCCAACAGUCUCAUCCACAGCUGCUUGAAAGCAAUCAAAUACAUGAGUCAAAUUAGAGAAUUCUCCAAAUAUGAUGUCAAGGAACUUCCUGAAUUACCUUCUGCUCUUCGCCAAAUUCCACUGAUCACUUACUGGGUUAUACACACCAUUGUUGCUUCGAGAAUCGAGAUCUCGAGCUAUCUCAGCGAAACCGAGAACCAGCCACAGAGAUAUUUGACUGAACUAUCUGAAAAGAUGGCCAUUGUACUCGCUGUACUUGAAAAGCAUCUAGAAGCCAUUCGAGAACAACAUGAGGAGGUUGAUCUCUACCGCUGGUUGGUUGACCACAUCGAGCAUUAUCACACUGACAUUACAACAGUUGUUCCUAAGCUGCUCAGUGGCAAGGCCGAAACCAGGCCACUCAUUGAUGGCUCUUCCUUAAGAGAGAUUGGCAUUCAGGAAAGUUUGUCGGGGAAGAACGUGAUAUUGGUAAUUUCGGGGUUGGAUAUCUCAGAUGACGAUAUCAAAGCUCUUCAUCUGGUUUAUAAUGAUUUGAAAAAAGACAACAGGUAUGAGAUUGUUUGGAUUCCAAUCAUCCCGGAGCCUUAUCAUGAAGAUGAUCGAAAGAGAUAUGACUACCUACGGUCUGCAAUGAAGUGGUAUUCCAUACAAUUUACUACAAAAAUUUCUGGCAUGAGAUAUAUUGAGGAGAAGUGGCAACUUAGAGAGGAUCCAUUAGUUGUUGUACUUAACUCACAGUCUAAAGUGGAGUUCACAAAUGCAAUUCAUCUGAUUCGAGUUUGGGGAACUGAAGCAAUUCCUUUUACAUAUGAUAGAACUGAGUUUUUGCUGAGAAGAAACUGGCCUGAGUCAACCCUCAUCAAAUUCACUCACCAACCAAGACUAAAUAGUUGGAUCAACCAAGAGAGGAGCAUUCUAUUCUAUGGAGGAAAAGAUCCCAACUGGAUCCAACAAUUUGAAGAGAGAGUAGACAUUUUGAGAAACGAUCCUUUGAUAAUCGAAGGACGUUCAUUUGAGAUUGUGCGMAUUGGAAAGGAUGCAAGAGGAGAGGAUGAUCCUGCACUCAUGRCUCGUUUCUGGACCACACAAUGGGGCUACUUUGUAGUGAAGAGCCAGAUCAAAGGCUCAAGUGCGAGCGAGACAACUGAAGACAUCUUAAGGCUGAUUUCUUACCAAAAUGAAGAUGGCUGGGUUGUUCUCACUGUAGGCUCAGCGCCCGUGCUCGUCGGUCGCGGCGUUUUGGUUCUACGAUUGCUCGAGGACUUCCCCAAAUGGAAGCAAACUCUGCGCUUGAAAGGAUUCCCUGAUGCUUUCAGAGAAUACUUCAAUGAGUUGGCUGUGAACAGCCACCAAUGCGAUCGAGUUAUUCUUCCAGGAUUCAGUGGAUGGAUUCCCAUGGCUGUCAAUUGUCCUGAGUGCCCUCGUUUCAUGGAGACUGGUAUUAGCUUCAAAUGCUGCCAUGGUGGCACUCAUAUGUGAUCAUCAUUCAUCAAUCCUUCUAAGCUUCCAGAAGUCAUUUCUGUCCUUUGAUUAUGUUCUAUUACUACUAUGCUAAGACUGCUACAAUAAAUGAUGCUAUUUGUUUGCAUCGCAUGUUCUAUGUUUUUUCUGUUUAAUUCGAGACCUAUGGUCUCGUUAGCUAUCAUUUGUUUGACGUCUUUGAAUGUUUUAUGUUAUUUAAUAUAUAUCUACUUCAAUCAUCAUGUAAUA